AUGGAUGAAAUGGAUGGAAGGAAUAAAUCCGUAGUAUCAGAAUUUGUACUUUUGGGACUUGCCCACUCACAUAGUAAUCAAGUCUUACUCUUCACAAUCUUUUUGAUGCUUUAUCUGCUCAUUGUAUCUGGAAAUAUUGUCGUCAUGGUCUUAAUAAGCAGAGACCACCAUCUCCAUUCCCCUAUGUACUUCCUGUUAGCAAGCCUGUCCUUUUUUGAUAUGUGGCUUUCUUCAAUCACUACUCCCAAAAUGCUCACAGACUUACUCAGAGAAAACAGGACCAUUUCCUUUGCAGGGUGCAUGUUUCAGGUUUUCUUCACCCAUUGCAUUGCUGCAGGGGAGGCAGUGCUUUUGGUGGCAAUGGCUUAUGACCGUUAUGUGGCCAUCUGCAAACCACUCCACUAUUUCACUAUGAUGAACCUGAGAAGAUGCACUGGGCUGGUGUUAACAUCCUGGACCAUUGGCUUCAUCCAUGCCAUGAGUCACCUGGUAGAAAUUAUGGGGCUUCCUUUUUGUGGUCCCAAGGAAAUUGAUAGUUUUUUCUGUGAUACACCAUUGAUAAUCAAGCUAGCCUGUGUGGAUAUCCAUGACUUGGAUAUUUUAAUGAAUGUUGAGUGUGGUGCUGUGGGUGUACCCUGCUUUAUUCUGUUGCUCAUAUCCUACACAAACAUCCUUGUCACUGUUUGCCAAAGCUCUAAAGCUGGUGCAAAUAAGGCCCUGUCCACCUGCUCUGCCCACAUAAUAGUGGUGAUGGUCUUUUUUGUACCCUGUAUCUUCAUCUAUGUUUGGCCCCUCAAAUUCACCUGGUUAAACAAAUUACUUGCUGUAUUUUACUCCAUCUUUACACCUCUCCUGAAUCCAGCCAUUUAUACAAUGAGAAAUAAGGAGAUGAAAAACGCUAUGAAAAGAUUCAUAAAUAACUACUUGAAUUCCAAAAGAAACUUCUAA